CUAACAUUUACAAAUAUAUAUCAGUAUCCUGCAUCACAGAUAUUUGGCUUUUACCAAAAAUCAUGCUUUAAUAGUAUGUGCCAUGUAAUAUAACCUGUGAGAUCAUACACGUGGAAUUAUUGUGAUAUAUCUCUUUCAAAUAAAAUGAAUUAACCUAGUGUAAGUCUUUACAGUCCUACCCAUAACAAGGCCUAACAUUUUCAGAGUUUGUCGGCUUGAAAAGUCUUUCGUUUUUACAUGUAGAAAAAAAUCUUGCAUGCUUCCAUACCCAUCAGCUAAGACCACCAUCACCCACUACAUCUCUACAGAUCCAAAAUAUAACCGUUUAUGUCUAUCAGCGCCGUGUCAAAAAGGACGAAUAGAAACUGAUGGUUAGAUGUGCUCCCUCACAAAUAUUUGGCUGUUCUUUAAUUUCAGAGGCCAGUUUCCAUUCACAUCCUUAGUACUCCAGCCACCACAUUUAAUCAGACAGCAGGACGGACCAUUUGUAUGGAUACUACAAAAUCCCGAAGAAUUAGACUGGCACGAGAAACAAGACGAUAGUUCUCCAGUCAAGGUCGAUGUCCAAAUGUUUAUGACAACGUGGUUCAACAUGUCUGAGGACAGAAUAUGGAAUCUAAACAGACGUGAACAGCUUCCAAUAACAAGCACAGAAAUCUCCACCCCCAAGACACCGGAGAUGGAAUUCUCUCCUUCUGCUCCCCUGUCCGAUGCUGGCCUCCUGAUUGAUGUCUGGGUGUUGAUAUUGUCCCUCCUAAUCCAGGAUCACUUGUGCAGAAGGAAACGCUUAGAACAUGGCCUUCGUAUCCUCUGGAGAAAACUUAACUGUCCAGGAGGAAGACCUACCCUCUGUGUAGCAGGACGCAAGAGACGCCGGAGGCGCAAAAAGGCCAAGAAGACAAAUCGAGAUCCGAGCCAAAUCACGUUAUCCGCAGGUGAAAUAAACAGGGCGAAGGAAAAAAAGAAAAAAAUCACAGUUGCCGCUACGAAAAAGAAAGAAACUGAUAACAUGCAGAGAGUUAGUAGAGAAGCAGAGCCCGAAACUUAUGCCACGACCAUAGUGCGUAAUCUACCCAAGAAACUGGGCAAGGUAAAGAGAAAGAAGAAGGUUGCUGACAAAUCUCAUGAACCCAAGACACCCAUUCAUGCAGGGGGAAGGAUGACUGGACCAGAGGGUGACAACACUUGGCCGGGGGGUGACUGGACAACCGUGAGGAGGAGGAGGCGAAGGAAAGCCGACCGUAGAAAUUCCACUGGAGAUGUUGACAUGACAACAAUGACAAAGUCAGUCAGUGAUCGAAGGAGCAAACGACACAGCAGCCACACAGACCAACCCAAGCCAAGAUGCCACCAAACCGGUGUACGAUGAAUCCGAUUACGUUUAAAGAGCGAUGGGCACAUCUAGCUCUCCAUGGAAAUAUGACAUAGCUCUCUAAAGUGUCACCAUUUUGACGGGCUUUUUAAUAUAAUGGAUAUGAAAAGCACCAUGAUUCCUGUAUGAUUACUCCCUCCGAUUUCUAUUAUUCUGCUUACAUUUCUACC